ACAACAACACUGGGACCGUUUUAAAUUCCUCAAGUAUAAAAAGGGAACUAAGGUUGCAUCACGCAUAAAAGAGCUCUGCGAGGAACGGCAACAUGUUCACUUGGGUAAAUAAGGAACAGGGUGGAAAGAACAAGGAGGGAGACAUGUUUCAAACGGUGACUGAAGGACUUCAGAGUCUUUAUGCUAAAAAACUUCUACCUUUGGAGGAGACCUACCUUUUCCAUGACUUCCACUCGCCGGCGCUGGAGGAGGCAGACUUCCAGAACAAACCUAUGGUCCUGCUGGUCGGACAGUAUUCCACGGGGAAGACCACUUUUAUACGGUAUCUUCUGGAGCAAGAUUUUCCAGGGAUGCGAAUUGGUCCCGAACCAACGACAGAUGGAUUCAUAGCUGUAAUGUAUAAUGAGAACGAGGGAAUUGUUCCUGGAAAUGCUUUGGUUGUGGACCCCAAGAAACCUUUCCGCAAACUCAAUGCAUUUGGAAAUGCCUUCUUAAAUAGGUUCAUCUGCUCACAAAUGCCCAACCAAGUUCUACAGAGCAUUAGCAUCAUUGACACACCGGGGAUCUUGUCUGGCGAGAAGCAGCGCAUAAGCAGAGGCUAUGAUUUCUCUGAGGUACUGCGCUGGUUUGGAGAGCGAGUGGACCGUAUCAUUCUCCUCUUUGACGCCCAUAAGCUAGACAUAUCUGAUGAAUUUUCUCAUGCGAUCAAAGCUUUCCGUGGGCAAGAUGACAAAAUCCGUGUGGUACUGAACAAGGCCGAUCAGGUGGACACUCAGCAGCUAAUGCGGGUUUAUGGUGCACUGAUGUGGUCGCUGGGGAAGGUGAUCAAUACUCCAGAGGUGGUGAGGGUCUAUCUUGGCUCUUUUUGGGGCAAACCUCUUCAAAAUGCAGAGAACCGGCGUCUGUUUGAAGCCGAAACACAAGAUCUCUUCAAAGACAUCCAGAGUUUGCCUCGCAAUGCUGCUUUUUUGAGGAUGAUUGAUGUCAUCAUAAGAGGUGGUCUUGUUGAGGUGCAUGCUUAUAUCAUCAGCUACUUAAAGAAGGAAAUGCCCUCCCUGUUUGGAAAAGAGAAGAAAAAGGAGGAGCUGAUUGCCCAGCUGCCUGAGAUCUAUAAGAUUCUGCAGAGAGAGCACCACAUCUCACCUGGAGAUUUCCCUAAUGUCAUUAAAAUGCAGGAGCAACUGCAACACUACGACUUCAGCAAGUUCCCUUCUUUGAAGGUGAAGUUGAUUGAAUCUGUGGACAGAAUGUUGUCCACCAAGAUCUCAAGCCUGCUGAACAUGAUCCGAGAGGAAGAAAGCAAACAGCCUACUCAGAUGGUAAUGGGUGGAGCCUUUGAGGACUCGUCCGACGGGCCUUUCGGCCACCUCACCUAUGGUGAGGGUAUCAGUGCAGGAGCUGAUACUGAGGACUGGAUCGUGAGUCGCGACAAACAUCGCUACGAUGAAAUCUUCUACACACUGAUGCCUAUCAAUGGGAAGGUAACUGGCAUCAAUGCCAAGAAGGAGAUGAUGAAUUCUCGUCUGCCCAACACUGUACUGGGAAAGAUCUGGAAGCUGGCAGACUGUGAUAAGGACGGCAUGCUGGAUGAUGAAGAAUUUGCUCUUGCUCAGCAUCUUAUUAAAAUCAAACUGGAGGGAUUUGAGCUCCCUACAGAGCUACCAAAUCACCUAGUACCUCCAUCGCACAGGAAGAACCCCACUGCAGACAUCUUGUACAACCACCAGGAGGAUUGAUCACAUUCAUAUCUGUAUAUUUAUCAGCCAGCUGCUAGCACAAAGUGGCCUUUGAAUAUUAAAGUCUUACUUCAUUGAAAGGGAUAAAGUUUUAUUGGUUCAGUCGACUCUCAUCUUCAUCAGUGCUGUUAAAAUUGUGUGACUUUAACAUGCCUAAGAUUGAGUAUGUUUUAAUAUAAGUGCACUAAUUCAGUGGUAAAGAGCAACAUAUUCAUAUUUCUGAAAGGCAUACAAAUUUAAAUUACAGCCCAUAUAAUUGUGAUUACUUCUAAAUCCCUGACCUUGUGUUAUUUCACCAUAUGCUUGCAGAUUGUGAAAAUGGAUGGCAGUGCAGUUAUAGAUCAUGCUAUGCAGUGCUUUUUCAAUGUUAUUACAUUUCAUAUUAAAUAACAAUGCCAGUUAAGUAUGCAUAACAGCAACCAAACAAAUACCCAUACAUGGCACACUAUCACAGAAGCACUGACAGAAGUAUCCAUUCAUUUCACUCAUUCUGACAGAGUGUGAAUAUCUAUUAAAUUAAUUUUGAAACACAA